CUAAUUUAUAUUCUUCUCCUGAAUUCUGUAAUGUAUUGCAAGAAAAUGUCUUCCUCUUUCUUUGUACUUUCAGAAAAUUCCUCCGAUUAAAUAUUCAUCCUCAGCAAUUUUUCUGCUUAAACUGCAUAAAUCAGGACCCAACGAGUGCUGCAAUCAACUUUGAUUGAACCAGAACGUUAUGGUGGGUCUUUCUCUUGGAGAGCAAAAUUUUAUAAAGGGUGGAAUUGCGCAGGAUUUGCGUACUGAUGGUCGUAAGCGAUUAACUUACCGUGGAAACUGGUGUCAUUCCUCAGCAAGAGUGAAGCUCGGGGCAACGGACGUUAUAGCAAGUGUGAAGGCUGAGCUUGGAAAGCCAAGUGCAUCUCAUCCUGAUAAGGGGAAGGUUUCUAUAUAUGUAGAUUGCAGCCCGACGGCUGAGCCAACUUUUGAGGGCAGAGGGGGUGAGGAAUUAGCUACUGAGCUCUCAUCCGCACUUCAACAGUGUCUUUUGGGAGGUAAAAGUGGGGCAGGAGCUGGGACUGAUCUCUCAUCUCUAUCCAUUGUUGAAGGAAAGAUCUGUUGGGAUCUGUAUAUAGAUGGUCUCGUUGUCAGCUCAGAUGGUAAUAUACUCGAUGCCCUUGGAGCAGCCAUCAAGGCAGCCCUAAGCAAUACAGCUAUUCCAAAAGUCCAAGUUGCUGCUAAUGCCCCUUCUGAUGAGCAGCCGGAGGUUGAUGUGAGUGACGAGGAAUUUCUACAAUUUGACACAUCUGGGGUUGGGAGGCAUUACAUUGUAGAUGCAACUACAGAGGAGGAAUCCCAAAUGAGUUCGGCUAUCUCGGUUUCUAUAAAUAGGCAAGGGCAAAUAUGUGGGCUGACGAAAAGAGGAGGUGCGGGCCUCGACCCAAGUGUCAUAUUGGACAUGAUAUCUGUUGCUAAACAUGUGAGUGAGCAGCUGAUGAACAAAUUGGAUUCGGAAAUAGCUGCAGCCGAGGCCUGUGAUGAGGAUGAUGAUGACAUGGAGUCUUAGGGGUGCGAAUGCGAUAGAUUGGCCCUUUUAGUUUUUUUAUUUCUGUUUUGCCUUUUUUGUACCUUUUAAUGGGAGAUGUGGUGUUCUGCAUUCUGUUCUCUGAAUACCGGAUAUAGGUAGUUAAAAACUUUUGUUCGAAAUUUCGUAUCUUGGAAAUUUAAAGAUGUGUUCAUUGGGAUUUUAGGUUCAAUUUUCAUGUAAACAAUUUAUGGGUUUAACGCUUUUGCUCGUUUGCAACACGGUGCUGUGUUUACUGAAUCUUUUGUGAUGAGCAAAUGUUGACUGAUUCUUUGUUGUAUUGCUUUGUUGGAGAUUUUUAUUUUAUUUUAGUUUCAAUUG